AUGGAGUUUGGUACUCUAGAUGAAUUUAAAUCUGCCUUGAGGGAGUAUAGCAUAUUGAUGGGCAGGGAGUUCAAGUGGAAGAAGAAUGAUAAACAGAGGGCUAGAGCAAAAUGCAAGAAGGCAUUUUGUGAUUGGGAAAUCUACUGUGCAAAGAAUGAAGUUAGAAACUCUUUUCAGAUAAAGACAUUUAAGCAUAACCAUAAUUGCUGUAGAGAAGUGAACAACAAACAAGCAAAUAGACAGUGGGUGGCCAGUAAACUUGAGGGCAAACUCAGAAUGCAGCCAACCCUUAAAUGUGUUGAAGCUUUGGAAUAUUUCAAGCAAGAGUUUGGAGUGCACACUGAAGUUACAAAGAUGUGGAGAGCCAUGAAAGAAGUAAAGCAACUAGUGGAAGGGAAUGAGAGGAAACAAUAUGCCAAAGUAUUUGAUUAUGCACAUGAAUUAUUGAGGAGCAAUCCUGGAUCAACAGUUAAGAUCAACACAAUGCCAAGUCCAGAAGGUCCACCACAAUUUCAGAGGCUAUAUAUUUGUCUUGUUGGCUGUAAGAAGGGGUUUGUUGCUGGAUGUAGACCAUUCAUAGGUCUAGAUGGAUGUUUCCUAAAGAGUGCAUUUGGAGGAAACUUGCUCUCUGCUGUUGGGCUUGAUGGCAAUAACAACAUCUUUGUUAUUGCUUAUGCUGUUGUGGACAUUGAGAACAAAGACAAUUGGAAAUGGUUUUUAACUUUGUUGCAUGAAGAUCUUGGGGAUUACAUACAAAAUUGGUGGAAUUUCAUGUCAGACAUGCAAAAGGGACUUAUUCCAGCUUUACAGGAAGUCAUGCCUGGUGCACCUCAUAGAUUCUGUGUCUUGCAUCUUUGGAAAAAUUUUACAAAGCAAUGGAAAAGCAAGGAACUUAAAGGAAUUGUGUGGCAAUGUGCAAAAUCCACUACUGUUGCUGAGUUUGAAGGCCAUAUGGCCCAUUUGAAGACAAUCAACUGCUAG